AUGGCUACGACGGUGUCGGCGUGGGGGAAACCUGGAGCGUGGGCUCUCGAGUCGGAGGAGCAAGAAGCUAUGGAGGUUCUUCGGGAGCAGGAGGUUGCGGCUGCCCCCGCGGUGGAGCCGUCUGCCGAUUUUCCUUCCCUGGCGGCAGCGGCGUCGACCAAGAUACCCAAGAAGAAGAAGGGGCAGACAAUCUCCCUCGCUGAGUUCAAUAAUGGCGGUGUGCCUGUGACCCACGGAUCCGCCAAGUUCCAGGUUCGUUCGUUGGCCUCGUCCGGGUCCCCGCUCGUGCCUUCCAAGGGCCUGACUCAUGACGAGCGUCUGAUGCUUCCUACUGCCCCUCGCGAACGGACCGCGGAGGAGCUAGAGCUCGGUAAUUCCCGCGGAUUCAACUCCUAUGGUGGCGGGCGCUCCAGAAUGAACGGCGAGGAUUCAGUUUCACGUUGGGAUUCCUCUAGGGUUUCCGACGAGGGUCGCAGGAACGGCUUCGGCGGUGGAGGCCAAGGUUCGAACAGAGAUCUGGCGCCUUCUCGUGCCGAUGAGAUUGACGACUGGGGCGCAAACAAGAGGUCAGUAGCACCUCCUGCGGAAAGGAGAGAGAGGACCGGAGGAUUCUUUGAAUCUCAGUCUCGGGUGGACGACCUUGACAGCUGGGUCUCCAACAAGAGUGCGCCGCCGCCGUUGCCUGAUAGCCGCAGGAUGGGUGAUGGAUUCAGGGAGAGGAGAGGGUUUGAUAUGUUCAAUAGGGACGCGCCCGCUCCGAACGGUGGUGGGGACCCAGAUUCCGAAUCUUGGGGGAGGAAAAGAGAGGAUGCAGGUGGAGAGAGGCCUAGACUCAGGUUGCAGCCGCGAACUCUGCCUCUAGCGAAUGGCGACGGGGAACAGGUUCAGGGUUCUAAAGGCAAUGCGACUAGUCCAUUUGGAGCUGCUCGCCCUAGGGAGGAAGUUCUUUCGGAGAAGGGGCAAAAUUUGCUGAAUGAUACUGUAGAGCACCGUGAAGAGGUGAAGCCAGUUCCUAAAAGCAAGGGGCUGAACCCGUUCGGUGCAGCUCGGCCUAGGGAGGAGGUGCUGGCAGAGAAAGGACAAGACUGGAAGGAGAUUGAUGAGCGACUUGAGUCAAUGAAAAUUCGGGAGGUUGCUUCUGUUGGAGGUGAGGGACAAUCUUUCUCGAAGAAAGGUUUUGGAUUAGGGGGUGGACCCGGAAGCCAACCAGAUGAUAAAACGGAGAGGACUUGGAGGAAAACGGACCCUGUGGAAUCUGCUACUUCUGAACCAAGGUUUGCAGAUAGCUCAUUCCCUCAUCGUCUUCAUUCUGUUGAAUUCCUUUGAAAGAUAAAUGUAGAAUCAUGGGAUAGUUCCUCGUUUUUCCGGAAUUUCUUCGUUCUAAAUUUCAAAGCUGGACGUCUUAUUUUGGAUUGAUUCUAUGAAUUGGUGGUAGCUCGUGAGUUAGCGUUAGGUGGCACGACCCAAUGCUUGUGGGUGUGUUUUCAACUUGUUUGGGGAUGGAAUGUCUAGGAUUGUGUUGUGGGUGCUCUUCCAUCCUUGGUUGAAGCUAGUUUUUAUUCAUCUAUCUCCAGAUCAAUGGAAGAAAGGAACUGUUCAUCCAAUUAGAGUCCCGGACCUUCCUGGCUAUUCAAAGAAAAGCUUCUUCAAGUAGGGAAAAAGAAGGAACCACGAGUCAGCUGUUACAGACCAAAUUUUUUCUUUUGUAUCGUCUCCCAUGCAAUGCAUAA